AAAUUUCAUCGUCAUUGCGGACAAGCAAAAGAAAAACUUCGCAAAAACUCCAUCAAAACCCACCCCAAAACAAUAUAGUCCUAAAUAAAGAAAAAAAAAACCGGUGACUACGAUUGACUGGAAUAAUUCAAUAGAAACAUUUAAAACCGAAACAAAAAAAAAAAAAAAAACCAUCUUCUGGUACCUUCUUUUCUGAAAACUGUUCAAACUUUUCGUGGGAACAGGGUUUCUCAUUAUUCGUUCUGAUAACUGAUUUUUUUACCAUAGAUUUCAGCUUCGAGAAUCACAAAUUAAUGGGAAUGAAGGUGUUAAUGUACUGAUGUCACCGUUCUGGAUUGUGAUUCGUCAGCUAGCGGAAAUCGAGGCAAUGGCAUUGUCAAAGAAAGUGAUUACGCGGGAGGAGUGGGAGAAGAAGCUCAAUGAUGUAAAGAUUAGGAAAGAAGAUAUGAAUAAGUUAGUGAUGAAUUUUCUUGUCACAGAAGGUUAUGUUGAUGCUGCUGAGAAAUUUCGGAUGGAAUCUGGAACUGAACACAUAGAUCUUGCAACUAUAACAGAUCGCAUGGCCGUUAAAAAGGCUGUACAGUGUGGUAAUGUCGAGGAUGCUAUUGAGAAAGUUAAUGAUUUAAAUCCUGAGAUAUUGGAUACAAAUCCACAACUGUUUUUCCAUCUUCAACAGCAGAGGUUAAUAGAAUUAAUACGGAAUGGAAAGGUGGAAGAGGCGCUCGAAUUUGCUCAGGAGGAGCUCGCACCAAGGGGAGAAGAAAAUAGUUUUCUGCAGCAAAGCUUUUUAGAAGAGUUGGAGAGGACUGUUGCAUUACUGGCUUUUGAAGAUGUCUCCAACUGCCCUGUUGGAGACCUUCUGGAUAUAUCACAGCGCCUGAAGACAGCUAGCGAGGUUAAUGCAGCCAUCCUCACAAGCCAGAGUCAUGAAAAAGAUCCUAAGCUUCCAAGCUUGUUAAAGAUGCUAGUAUGGGCUCAAAAUCAACUUGAUGAGAAAGCUGCUUAUCCUCGCAUAAACAAUUUAUCUACGGCAACGCUAGAAGAUCCUGCUGUUUAACAAUGAUAUAAAGUUCGUGUGGAGGAUUGCAGUUGUCUAGAUUGAACAGAUAGAGCUAAAUGGAAUGAUUGAUCAUGCUUGUACCAAUAUUGCAAAGUGAAUGUAGCUAGAAAUUUGUUGGAUGAUGUUUAUUAUCUUCUUAGAUGAUAUUCAGUGGCUGAAGCUCUUGUACAAUUGAUUGUCAAACACCUUUUUCCGUAAAGAUUGUGGGAUUUGGUCGUCAAUUUGAAGCAAAAUUAGCUCAACUUGGAGCUAUUGGUACUGUUUA